AUGUCGACUCAACCACUUCUCCAGCGCACGGCCCAGAAACGCAUUGCGCUCCCAGUUCGCGUCGAGCCCAAAGUCUUUUUUGCGAACGAACGAACAUUCCUGUCAUGGCUGCACUUCUCCGUCAUUCUUGGAGGCUUAUCAGUAGGGUUGCUUAAUUUUGGCGACAAAAUUGGGAGAAUAAGCGCUGGGAUGUUUUCAUUCAUUGCCAUGGCAAUUAUGGUUUAUGCUCUCAUUACAUACCAUUGGCGUGCCUCUGCCAUCAGAAAACGCGAUUCCGGACCAUAUGACGAUCGUCUUGGCCCAACGAUAUUGUGCAUCUUCCUUCUUGCUGCCGUCCUCGUCAACUUUAUCCUUCGCUUUGCAGAUUCUUGA